AUGGAAUCAAAAAAGCUGAGUAAAAUAAUUGAACUGAUUUUUCUGUCCAUUGCUUGGUUAUCAGUGAUGGCCUGUUUAAUAAGAACAGAUUUUAAUUUCCCAUUUGCCUUUUUCUGCUAUUAUUUAUGGAUAUCAAGAGAUGACAAGGCCAAUUCUUUAAUGUUAAUGGUUUUGAACGGAAUCCUCAUUCUGGUGGACUUAAUUUGGCUCCUAUCAGUUGGAUCCAUUUGGACGGCAACUGAGAAAAACAAUCCUGUCUGGGGACACUUGCACGGUCUUCACGUCUUCGUUAUUUUCAUCAGCAUUGUAAAUGUCUUAUUGAAAGUGGGUGUUAUUGUAGCAAUUAAUUCUUACAGAGGAAAUCAAUCUUAAGUUGCUGGUUCAUUGUAAAAUCCUCAAUAGAGUGGUCUAAACGAUGUUUCUUAAAAUAGAUAAGUCCCCUACGGAUAAUAUUGAUCUAAUAAAAUCAUCCAAAAUUAUAUUAACUUCUAAUUUAACAGUAAAA